AUGACUGUACUACUCGCAGCCGGGUUCCUGAUAGAGCAGGAACAAGCACAUGAAUGGGUUCGCCGACAUGGAUUCGAACCGGAAUCGGAGCAAGCGUACCCGCUCAUAGAGCUUCAUGAUGUCGCGAACUCAAUGGGCCUCAAAAACGAAGUGUGCGUUUUCGGCCUCCCACACGAGUUCAAGGACUAUGGCAAGCCUACCUAUCUCGUGUCGGUUCAGUGGCGGAAGGUGACGGCGCCGGAGAGGAAGCCGGAAUACGGAGAUCGGAACGUUUAUAGAAUGUUCAAUCGCACGAGCGACCGAGUAAUCAGCCUCCGGGAGGCGUUGGAGAACGAAGGUCUCCGAGACCUCCCUUACAUGCAUGUUCUGGAUCCCGAUGGGUAUCAUUCCACAGAAAUCAGGGAAAUCCCCAAACCAUCGGAGGCGGUGGCAUCGACGGGAGCUUCGGACAGGAACACUCAGACCAAUGCAUGA